UGAAAAACACGAGGGCAAUUUAUUAGUGACAAAAGGAGCCUGUAUAUAUACUUAGACCCGGUAAAUAGAAGAACAUCCCAUAUACAAAUUCUAGAUUUUUUAUUUCUUGCUCUCUUCUAUAGCCGCCGCCGCCAUUAAUGGACGCAACAGAAGUUAUUGAGUUCUUUGAUUCAUGCUGGUUUGAGAUGGAAAUAUUCAAGAAACAACCAAGUUUAGCUAAAUCGUCCAGUGUAGAGACAAACCCACAUCAAGAAAAUCAAGAAAAGGCUCCAAAACCAGAGAUCUCGAGAGUGCCAACGAUCAUCACAAGGUCUAUGAGUGAAGAUCUGUGCUCCAAAACAAGCCUCAGUUCUGGCUUUUCUCUCUCUCCAGAUUCAGUUCUCCGCGCACCAAAGCUCCACGCCAUCCUCUCAGGAAAGGAAGCCAAAGAGGAAGAAUACUCAACACCAACAGAGAGAGUAUAUAUUCUGGAGUCACCUAAAAAGAAAGUUUCGAGGAGGAGAAAGGGAAAGAAAGUGACAAGCAAGAGCUUGUCAGAACUGGAAUAUGAAGAGUUAAGAGGAUUUAUGGAUUUGGGGUUUGUCUUCUCAGAAGAAGAUAAAGAUUCAAACUUGGCUUCAAUAAUUCCAGGAUUGCAUAGACUUGGUAAAAAAGAUGAGGAAGAAGCCAUUCUUGAUGAGCCUACAGUAUCUAGGCCUUAUUUAUCUGAAGCAUGGGAAGUUCUGGAAAAGAAGAGGAAAGAGGAACCAUUGAUGAAUUGGAGAAUUCCUGCUUUGGGCAACGAGAUUGACAUGAAAGAUAAUCUUAGAUGGUGGGCUCACACCGUUGCUUCAACUGUUAGAUAAUGCAAAUCUCAGAUAAAUGGUUCACGGUUUUGUUUUCAAUAUCAUUUUUGUGUUUUGUAAAAUGUUGAAUUUUUAUUAAUUUUGGCUACAAUUAUCAUCA